AUGCCGAAAUAUUACUGCGACUACUGCGAUACGUUCCUCACUCAUGAUUCCCCAUCUGUACGUAAGACGCACAAUGGAGGACGUAAGCAUAAAGAGAACGUGCGAAUGUUCUACCAGCGAUGGAUGGAGGAGCAAGCACAAAAACUAGUAGAUGCUACAGCUCGAGCAUUCACGGGAGGAAAUACGGCCAAGCCAAUGGGCAAACCUAUGGGGGCUGCAAUGGGUGCACCGAUGAUGCCAGCAAUGAUGGGCAGGCCCCCAAUGAUGGGAGCUCCGGUUGCUGGUAUGCGCGGACCAAUGCCACCCUUCGGAUUUCCUGGAGCAAUGCCACCGUUUGGAGUUCCUAUGGGUAUGCCGCCUAUCCGUGGACCGCCUGCGCCAUUCCGAAGUGGACCUACUCAGUAG